AGAAGGAAACCGAGGGAGAAGGCGGAUCAAGAUGAGCCUCGGUGAGAGAUGUGGGAUGAGGGGUGAUUACGCAAGCCAGGUGAUACAGAUCGGCGGGCAUCUCUCGUCGGACCUGAAGGUCGGCUAAUCGGGUCGACAUGAAAGUGAACCGAGAUUGGUAUGUAUAAGAUGUAUAGGUAAGCGAAGGGACGGACGACGUGGCUAGUAAAAAAAGAAAGAUUAUAUACCACGAGGUGGUACACUAUGGUUAGUAAAAGACAAUCGUUUAAACGAAAGAAAGACGAAAAGUGGUGAUGUUUGAUGAAGAUGACCGCGGUGAUGUUUCUUGUGCCGCAGAUUGCGAAGUCCAACUACAAUUUAAGAUGCGUGAGUUCCCUCUUUGUAAUUAUAUCGGUCAUUUCGUAUUCGACGUUGCUCGGUGUACACGGGGUCGCGCGACGUCAUCAUCAUCAUCCACGAUAGACGGGAUGGCUUAUAGAGAGCAACGCAUGGUCUGCAACGGCGCGCGAUCAUUGCGCAACUUGGUGCGUUGCGCAUCAACCGUACCGAUGGUACGUAAUUUUAUAUAGAUGUGAGAGCGUGUACAUACACGAAAGGCCGCUCCAAAUCGUUUCUAGUGUUACCGAUCGGCACGUAACUUUCCGCUUAACGAUUCCCCUCGGGUCACCGUACUCACGUUCUGAGGCAGACGCCUCGACGUGAUCGCUUCCCAAUAACCAUCUUUUACCUCUCUCGUCUACGGCGCGACGCUUCGAUUUUGCCUCGGAGCGGGCCAGCGUGAACAGUUUAGUUCCUUAUUCAGACUUCAGACUAUUCACUUUUACCGGGUCGAUUUGCAGUGACGUAUGUGCGCGGAGAUCGGUUUAGUCUUUGUCAGGGAGAGAUUUUUGGUUUCUUCACGAACAGCAGCUGCGAUUAACCCCUCAGUGACCUGUUGUGCUGUCUGUAUACUUCAUUAUCGAAUGGUCCCUUUGAUCUUUCUCACGAACGAUAGAUCAACGAUGUAUUUUAUCGCUUUUAUACGAAGUUACUUUCAGAGCUUAUAAUUACAAAGCUUUCCCUAGACAGUCUUCAUUACCGCAGUAUAGAAACGCUAAUUGAUGUUGCGUUAUUGGUGAGAAACGUGUAUUAGUGGAUAUGAUUGCUACUCGUGAGAAUGUAUUCAUCUCUCUGCGUACACCGCGCAGUGCAGCGUAAGAGGGAAGAAAAUCGCGCGAAAGAAAAAAUGCGUUUGUAUAUGGAACUGAAACUGAGACACGCGCGAAUUUGCAAAGUAAUUCCAAUCUAGAGAGCGAAUGAGAGAAUCGAUUAGGAGUAGUCGACACUGUAGAUUGCAUGCUUCCGAUACAAUCGCUUUGACAUCGUGUCGAAUAUGUACUCUACUACACGUGUAUCGCCUAAGGGUGAGUGAAAUGUCUUACGUAAUCGGUCGUACUUUCUUCCUAUGAUGCUUAUAAUAAACGUUUGUGAAAGAAAGUUCCUGAAUCGAUGAGGUAAUCCAUCUCACUCCCCCAACGAGUUAUCUCAGAAUGCUCUUCGUAGUUAUGUAAACUCUUUAAUUUCUAAAAUCGAUUUAUAGUCCCGUGGCUUUCACGGACUUGCUUUGAUGGUUCGACAACGCGACUGGCACUGCGGCAUAAGUAAACUCAGUUCUUCGGAAAACUAUAAAUCACGCCGCUCUUUCCCAUGCAUUUCUCAUCUAUUUGUUCAGCUUUUGCUCCACCAGCUUUACGACCUCGAAUUUCUCAGGAAAUUUCACACAAAGGAGACCCAGUGACCCUAUCCGUGUUACGCUUAGUUGACUACUAAAUUCUUCAAAUUCGCUUCAGGCAAGUAACUGGCACAGCUGACACUUGGAUGAGGGUUAAUACGCUUAUCUACCGAUCGCUGGUAACAAAUUCGAUCCGUGGAACGUCGGAUCUUUCAGAUCUGAUCCGAUGAAAAAAGAUACCGGGAAUCGAACAGGAACGUUGGACAGAAUACAGAAAUCAGCGUGAUUCGAUGAUCGAUAGGAUUGGUAGAUUGCUAGCAAUUCGAAUUAGCUGAUGCAGGGGUGCGGCUCUCGCAAAAAACAGGGCAAUCGUGAGCCAGGGUCUCGAUAAUAGGAUACCACGAACGUUCGAGACAAUGUAUACCUGGGCACGGAAAGACUAGAAUGCUUUCUAAACGGAUCGAGUCACCGAACACACCGAUACGCUUUGAGAAGACCCAGCCCUUUGGCGCGCUAUCCGCGCAUUCAUCUAUCUUGCUGCUCGUGUUAUGCCAGAGGUGAGGUUCAUCGGCGAAACGCUUCAUCGAGAACUGCACUCCAACAGUGGGCGCUGUCGCCAAAAAAGGAUUGUGCAUGAGAAGACGGGAUCCUAGUCAAGUAAUAAGCGAUCUAAUGUUGCAUCGUUUUCCAAGACACCCGAUCUUCCCUGUAAAACCCGAAUAUGGUGCUACUGCGUGAUACUUUGUAAGAGAAACAAAAGAUUUUUAACCUUUCCCUUAUUGUUGCGCUUGUAUCUUUUUUUUAGGGAAAGGGUUGACCUUAUUGUCAUUCUGUCUUGUCUAGUGAGAAUAUCGGAACCUUUGUCUCGUCGAAACAUCCAUCAACAUCUAUCUAUUUGAGAUUUCAAUGUACACUGCGCAACAGAAAUAUCACUGUUUGUUCAUCUGGAGAGGUUGCAGUUUAAUGGAUUAAGAAACGUACAGGUUUGAUAGAUUGGCUAAUUGCAGUUAUGCACACAGCGUGGUAUAUGCAUGUGUAAAGAGAAACAAUUUCGUGCCCCAGUGACACGAUGCUAUUCCCGUAAUCAGAAUAAUCAGACGACAAUUCCAAUCAACUUUCUCCUCGGUACGAAUUCUAAGAGAAUAAGACACGAACGCGAAUUGCGGAAGCGGCUCACACGUCGUUAUUGAAUAAUGAUCUCGAAUAGGAGGGAUUGCACGCAUAAUGCCUCCCUCCUAUCGACUCCUGAGCCUUGCUUUGUUACAAUCUCGCUAUAUAGAUGAUGAUACCAUUUCGAAAGAGCCACGCCACAGAGGUCGACGGAGGAAGGAAAUAUUUGCGGUUUAGAUAGUUCUGGUACUUUCUGACGCAACCACGUGGGUGGUAUAGCGAUGAUAACAGGGAGGAUGACAAAGUAGAUGAACACACGUUCGCCGCGUCCGAACUAUUUUCUCGCAAUUCUAUGCAGCAGCCUGACGCAAUUGACGGAUGAUUCUUGCGUAUUGGAAUUCUUAAAAUACGUGCUAGUACUUUCAUCCGGGAUACCGAGCGCAUCAUCGUGAUGAUAAUCGUUUCGCGUUCGCUGCAACAUAUAAAAUUUAAACAUUUCUCCAUCUACCUAACUGCCUCCGGGCUACGACCAAGACGAACGAUGUAAUUGACCAGAAUGAGGAUAGUAAAAGGAACGAGAGAACAAAGGGACGUUGGUAAAGCCAUCUUUUGUUAUAGAACGCCACGGAUGAAAUCCUGUUCCAUGGAAUUUGAAAACGUAUUGCGAUCAUUCGAUCCGGGAUCUUUCUCGAUCGCGAUCGAUGUGAUCGAGACUGGUCGAGAAGAUGCCGUUUUCUCGAUUUAAGAGGGUCGGUCGUCUCCGGAGUGAGCGAGUGAAUGGGUGCCCACGGUAGCGCUCUGAGCCUUCUCUCCGUGAGCUGGCUCACGGCUACGGGGAAAGAAAAUAUAGUUCAGGCCGGUUGCAUAAUGGAGCGGAGGCGCAUCACAUCGGUUCGACUCAAUGCGAGCUACUUUGAGAAUCUGCGGUAACAGCGAACGUCUCUUCUUCCAGCGUCAACGUUGACCUUUGAAGUUGAAGAUAUAGCGGAACGGUUGUAACACCGAUAUUCUCUGAAGUCUGGUAGUUUGUAUAUCGACACCCGGACUCACGACCUGUUCGCCUUGGAAGCUGAGGAAUAUAAGAGCAAAUCCUUCGAACCACUAGCUCAGAACGAUGCGCGACUGUGUCGUCGAAGCAUCUAACCUAUUGUGAAUUUCGGUUCUAUCGUUUCAGGAGACGCGAAAGUACUGGUCCGUACUCUAUAGAAUGAAAGAACCGUUAUAUUCAGCUUUCGGUGAAGUGUUCAGUUACUCAAAUUCGAAGAUUCUGUGAUUGUACACAAUUCGAUCGAGAAUGGCGGAGGAUCAGGAACAGGGACAUCCAAACAAUGUUUUCUUAUUUCGACUAGCUAUUUUAAACAGUUUUAAACGCAUCGCAGAAUCAGUGAGCGAGGAUGCUUUCGUGGAUGCUCUUACGAUUCUUACAAUUCUCAAGACAAAGCCGAGUAUGGGGCAAAAGUUGCAUAAAGCAAUGUGCUCGGAGCUUCUCGAUAAAAUGAAUGGCGAUUUAGAAGAUAUAUUAAACGAAGGAUCCUUGCGGGAGGGAUUGGAAAAAGUUGCGAAAUUAUCGGACGCAAAUUCUUCCGUGACCGAAGGUACUUGGAGACCACCGGGCAAUGUAUCCUUACAUUUACGUUCACUAGAUGCGCAGAAAAUUAAAGAAGAAAGCGCAUUGUUGGAAAAACAAGUAAACGAGAUGGAACAAGAAAACGCAAUUCUAAUGAAAAGAAUUGCAGAAAAGAGAUCAAAUAUAGUGGCCAUGAAUGACAGCAUGAUACAAUCCUUAAAUAAGUCAGUAAAUGUGAUAGAUUCGUUAAAAAAAAGAAGGGAAUGGUUAGAAAAAUGUUUCGUACUACUGCAGCAUUAAUGAUAAUGAAUUAGUAUUACAAAUAUUACACAAAGGAUAUUGUGAGAUAUGAACAACGAAGAAUGUAUAUGUAUAUUUUAUUA